CCGCUGGAUACUCUGUGCCCUAAUCCAGCUCAACGAUAAAAUCAGAACUCAUUUUCUUACUUGCCCGGCAAGCAAACUUAUGGAAACGUAAGCCGCCAAGAAAACGGCACCGAAUGUGAUGGGCGGCCGUGGUUAUUCUUAAAUACAAACUGGGUCUAUAUCUGAGACUUGUUUGAACGAUCCUGUUGCGUGGUAGUACACAGAAUAUUGUUGUUGUGCCGGUUUUUUUGGGCUUUGGAGCUUUGAAUCUCAGCGGUUUAUAUUUCAGUUUUCAUUUCAAUGUUGUAAAUUUUUUAUAGAAUAGAAGGAAAAAUAAUUCUUUGCUCCGCUUUAAAAUGGAUGCCAAAGGACAGCUUCUGUCUCCAUCAUUCCUCGACAAAGCAAAAUUGAAGCGAAAGAGGGCUGUAAUCUCUUAUGUGAAUGCUAACAAGCGGUCAUUGGUGUCCCCAACAAAGAGGGCCAAAAUCCCCGGCGGAUUUGUUAGCUGUUGCUCCGACGGAAUGGCCGUUGUGGAAAAUUAUAGUAAGUUUAAAAAAAGCGGCGUUCCGGCCCGUGUUAUGUAUUUCUGCGAGGGCGACUGGAUGGAUUUCCCGUCUGAAAUUGCUGUGCUCGUCAAGCAGGCUUUGCAAGAUGAUAAGACAGCAGUGGAGGUCGCCGUUGACGGGGUUUCGUGCCUUUUGGAUUUUCUGCAUAUGCUACAGAUUGAUCUGAAAUCGGGCGCGCAGAGAUCCAUUGCCUGGAUAGACGUUGAUGGAAAAUGUUUCUUCCCCAGGAUUGUCUGUCACGGGAUGGGAGAAUUGAGUUCUCUGUCUGUUGACCUCAGAUUCCAUGGCGCCGGUCGAUCGGGAGUCGAAAAUUGUAAAGUAGUUACUGAAGAUCCGAAAUCUGUCAAAGCGGAUCAGGGUUCUAGUGAUUCCGAUGUGUCUGACUCUGAAUCAUGCCCGACUUCAGCUAGGGUUUGCGCUGCAAAUGAGGCUUUUGAGGGCGCGGGAGAUAAUUUGAUUAAGCUGGACGAUGAUGACCGAGAGUUUCUUGAUGUGCGAAACAAGUUUUUGGCCGGUCUUAAAACGCUUGCCACUUUUACAAGCGUUAUAGGAAUUUAUCGGAACUCGCAUCGCAGUGUUGCGGGGCGAUCCCGAUUACAUGCAUUUCAGCGGUACGUGGAUAUGAUUACCAGAAAAAAUGGGGGUAAUGGAAAUAUCCAGUAUGCCUGGCACGGAACCUCCAUGGAUGGCGUCUGUGGAAUAAUAAAGCAUGGUUUUGGGCAGCCUAUGAUCCCGAAACAUGGUGCAGUUCUUGGUAGAGGAGUCUACCUUGCACCUGCAAAUUGCUCGUAUGUUAGUGCAGUUUACUCUGAUAUUGACGAAAAUGGCGAACAACACAUGGUGUUGUGUCGCGUAAUAUUGGGGAACACGGAGGUGGUGGGACCUGGCUCACGGCAAUGUCAUCCUAGUAGUGAAGAUUUCGAUACUGGCAUAGAUGAUCUUACUAAUCCAAGGCGUUGCAUCGUCUGGAGUACACACAUGAACACGCAUAUAUUGCCAGAAUAUGUUGUUAGAUUUAAUGUUUCUCCGCAUUUACAUAAGUAUUGGUCUAGAUUUAAAGCAAGACAACAUGCGAGAUCAAUGCUUGAGACUGAUGGAGGUAGGCAGUCUUAUCCUGCCUUGGAUAAGAAAUUAGAGCACCCUUGUCCUGCUUUAGUAAAGGAAUCAGGACAAAAUAUGCAGGAGCAUCUCCUGAUGCCAACUUCUGCUCGGAUGUCAUUUCCAAGGGUGUUUAACGUCCUUGAAAAAUUCCUAUCUUCGUCAAGUAUCAGUUUAAUGAAGAAGCAUUGUACCGAUUGCGAGGAAAGCAAAAUUAGUCGAGAAGACCUCAUAAGAUGCGUGAGAAUGAUUGCUGGUGAUAGGUUGCUUAUUGCAGCUCUAAGAAUGUUUGGAGGUCAGGUACAUCCUUCAAUGAAUGAAAAGAUAACUCCUGGCAUAAAAAACUGAGCCGUUAGUGCCUUCGAACUUUCGAACAAUGUUGCUGAACGUUCAUCGAUGGGACUCAAACCUUGAUCUCUCUCUAUAUGUUAUACAGAGGUCGUAUUUUGUAUAUCUUUAAACAGAAAGACAUUCUUUCCGUCAAAAUUGGAGAAUGAUAACGUAUAAUCUUUGGAAGUUACUGAUUUUUAAUCUAAUUUUGAUUUGGUAAAUAUCGAGAGUAGGGGAGGUCCCUUAUGUAAUCUAAUUUUGAUGAAUAGAGCCAUGGUCCCCACUCCUUGAUGACGGGAGUGGAUUUGAGCGAUGCAAUACGAUGGUUGAAUUUCGAUUUCCAGUC